AUGUCGCGUCGCCCGGCCAAAGGAGACUAUAUUGAAACCGACACGGGCAACAAGGUCGCCCGCAAGGCCAUCCUCGUUGGCACGCAAAACAUCAUGCUCGGCGGCAAGACGGUCAUCCAGCCGGAGGUCAUGAUACGUGGCGACCUCGUCCGCACCGCCGCCUCGUCAUCCUCCUCCUCCUCGGGCGGUGCCGCACCCGCUACGCCCACGACCAGCACCGCCGUCGCCAUCGGUCGAUACUGCUUCCUCGCCCGCGGCGUGCUGCUGCGGCCCCCAGGCAGGCUAUACAAAGGCGCUUUCACAUACAUGCCUCUGCGGCUCGGGGACCACGUCUUUGUCGGACAGGGUACCGUCGUGCAGGCGGCCACGGUUGGCAGCCACGUGCACAUUGGCAAGGGCUGCACCAUCAACGAGUUCGCCAUCAUCAAGGACUACGUCAAGGUACUGGACGGUACUGUGGUCCCCGCCUUCAUGGUCAUACCGAGCUUCUCCAUCGUCGCGGGUCAGCCAGCCAAGGUUGUCGGAGAGAUUCCCGAGGGAGGUCACGACGAGUUCGAGCUGCGCGAACUCUACAAGACGGUCGGCAACAACCCGCAGCCGUCGGCGUCGUGA